UUAAUAAAGUUGACAUCUUUCUCUCUUCUGACUGCCUUUAUCAAGCUCUCUCUAUUUUUUCCCCCUCUUUUUGGAAGUUGUGAAAACAAUGCUGUUGAGUUUUUAUUUUGCUAUUUGAGACACAAAAAUAUAUUUAAUGCAUUCACCACCAUAUAAUUUUACCCAACUAUGACGACUUCCGCUUCGAGAAACCCGGACAUGUCAAAAGAGUCUAUAUUAUAUAAUUAAUAAUACUUGAUGAAUAACAAUUAAUUGAUUUUAUUAAAUACAUACUAAUUAAGAUUCAUUCAAUUCAAAUUAUCCAGCUAACAUAACUAAGAUGUCCAAACUAUAGAUGUAUGUAACAUGCCGAGCAUAAAUUGUCAUCAAUCACAGAUGUCCUUUGUACUGUUCUUUAUAUCAAUUUCCUCCACACAUGUCUAUAUUUCAUGUGAAUUGGCAUGUGUUGCUCUUCUGCUGCGGCUGUUCGGCGUGGGUGGGUUUCUGGUUUGUUGUCAUCUGUUAUCACGUCUUGAUAACAAACCCAGUGGCACCAGAAUCUUUCAGUGGUAGACAGUUGGGUAGGGUUUGUCAUUGCAGGUUUCAGGUUCCAGCAAAGUCUGAUCCCUUGGAGAAAACUCCUCGCUGGCCUGUAGUUUCCUCUGGAUUAGCAAUUAAGAAGAAAACAAACAAACAAAUGAGAGCACAAGUGCUAGUUCCAGGCAAAAGGCCCAUUUUGCCGCCAAAUUCAUCUUUAGAGCUGACAGACUUCUUUGCCGCCAUAAAAAAAGCAUCGACCUGAAUUGCAGCUGAUAAAAACACACAAAACAAGUGAUCAGAUCAGUGUUAAGACCAUUGAAAAAUUAAAUUAGACGACAGCAAUGUAAUUUAUUUGAGUAAAUAAAGUUGUUAUAAUUGGUGGAAAUUGUUUCUUGUAUGAAGGUCUUACAAGUCAUUUUAAUAUUAUGCGUCACUGACCAAUGAAAAGCUCUAAAAUGUUGUACGCGCAGCUGACCCCGCCCCUCUGCCUCACUACAGUAGCCUAUGCCAUCACUCCGACUUACCGAACACCCCGAAAGUGUGUUAUGAGGGGUCUAUUAGAAAGAUGAACGUGCGUAUACCUCUAAACACAACAGAUUAACACUAUUCAUUAAACGACUAUAGGCACCCCUGAUAAAUGCCAACCCUCAUUCCAUGGCAAUGUUCUCCAGCCAGAUGACUUCCACUCCUUUCUCAGUGCGGGACAUAUUGAACCUGGAGCAGAAUCAGGAGGAUAUGGUCUCUCUGGACAUGUCUCAGCGGCUGGACAGUGCCCUUAUUCCGCCCUCAUCCUGCAUGCUGUCCACUUUCAAACAAGAGCAGUUCAUGGAAAUGCCAUCCGGAGCCUCUCUCUUCAGCGAAGACCUUCAGGACGACAAAGGCAACAAAAACAGCGCUCUGAACUUCGGUACUGCUGCGUUUUAUGGGAAGAAUUUCCUAGAAAUGGACUAUGUUAAAGACGCAAAGACAGAUGACACGUUUGAAGACAAAGAGAAAAAAGACAUCAGCUGUUCUCAGGAAGAUCCCAGUGAAGAUCUGAAGCUGGAUGAUGCGGAUCGACCCAAACAGAGGAAGAGGAGGAAGCCUCGGGUUCUCUUCUCUCAAGCGCAGGUGUACGAGCUGGAGCGACGCUUCAAACAGCAGAAAUACCUCUCUGCUCCCGAGAGAGAUCAUUUAGCCAACGUGCUCAAACUCACCUCCACACAGGUGAAGAUCUGGUUCCAGAACAGACGCUAUAAGUGCAAGAGGCAGCGUCAGGAUCAGACCCUGGAGAUGGUGGGCAUCGCCCCUCCGAGGCGCAUCUCGGUGCCUGUUUUGGUUCGGGAUGGGAAACCAUGCCUGGGUGACACGUCCACUUACAACACCUCGUACAAUGUGGGAAUCAAUCAUUUCACCUACAACACCUACCCUGCGUUUAGUAAUUUCCCGAGUCCAGGCAACACGAACUAUUCCUGUAACUAUCCAUCAAGCAUGUCCAGCAUGCAGCCUUCACAGUCAAACAGCAGCUACAUGAACUUUGGCGUUGGGGAUCUAAAUAACGUCCAGGCUUCUUUUCAGUCCAGCAGCGGGGUUCCCUCACUACACGGCAUCAGAGCUUGGUGAAAAAACGACAUUUAGGCUAUUGCAUGAAUCAUUUGUGCGAUCAAACGACAUUGAUGAUGAUUUGAAUAGACAGAAUCCGGGCCGGGAUGGUUUUGCUCUGUCAGAUACAAGAAACGCUCAUUAAUAUCUUUCCGUAUACGCAUCGUUUUCUUUGUAAAACUGUCUGAAUAAUUUGCUUGCACUUGAGUUAAAUGAUGAGAGAUUAACCGCACGUGGAAUAUAUAAUUUAUAAUUUUCACCAGAUGUAUUAUGAGGCCUGUAAAGCUCGUGCGAAGUAAACAAGGUAUUUCCUUUCUUUCUUUCUCUUUCUUUCUUUCUUUCUUUCUUUCUUUCUUUCUUUCUUUCUUUCUUUCUUUCAAUAUAUAAAAGGACAUCAAUGAACUAAUAUUAUAAGCAAUUUUUUUCUUUGCCAGAAAGUACCGCACGAAUACGACUCGAAUUAAGGUUUUGUUAUUAUUGCCUGUGUAAGUUUGAUAUGUAAACUUUUCGAAAGAAAAUAAUGGCUAAUAAAGGCUUUUCAAGAAUGUA